CAGCUACACUUAUUAGUAACAACCAACGAUUCUCUGUCACACACUUCAAUGGCUUUACAGCAAUACUCGUUGAUGGCGGUGACACUAAUCGCCAUUACAGUCUCCUGCACGUCUAGGGUUCAAUCAAUCGGAGUAAACUGGGGCACCACCGCAUCUCAUCCUCUGCCGCCGUCGAAGGUAGUUGAGCUACUGAAGCUCAACAAAAUCACCAAGGUAAAACUCUUCGACUCCAACCCUCAAGUCCUCGAAGCCCUCUCCGGCUCCGACAUUGACGUAGCCGUCGGCAUUCCUAAUUCCAUGCUUCGUUCCUUAAACUCUUCCGUCAAGGCCGCCGAGAGUUGGGUACACGAUAAUCUCACCCGUUACCUUUCCGGUCGUACGCGUAUAGAGUAUGUUGCUGUAGGAGAUGAUCCAUUUCUCCAAACCUACGGUUCCCAAUUCUACCCUUUUGUAGUUGGAGCAGCCAUCAGUAUCGAAGCAGCUUUAAUCCGAGCUAAACUACAAAACAAGGUCAAAAUCGUAAUUCCAUGUAGCUUCGAUGCAUUCCAAUCAGAAUCCAACCUACCCUCAACAGGCCACUUCCGACCCGAUAUCAACAAAACCAUGAUCGCUGUACUCAACUUCCUCACCAAAACUCACUCCCCUUUUUUUGUGACCAUUUCGCCCUUCUUAUCCCACUACCAAUACAAGAACAUUUCACUCGAUUUCGCCCUUUUCAAAGAAUCCGCACACCCACAUAAAGACACCCAUAAUAGAUCAUAUAAAAACAGCUUCGAUCUAAGCUAUGAUACCCUCAUUACCGCUUUAACAGUUGCAGGAUUUCCCGAGGUCAAAAUCGUAAUUAGCCAAAUCGGUUGGCCGACAGAUGGAGCUCCAAAUGCCACUGUGGCAAACGCAGAGAUUUUCACCAAGGGUCUUUUCAACCAUAUCCAUAGUCAAAAAGGGACCCCACUUCGACCUCGGGUGAUGCCACUAGAAUUUUACAUUUAUACCCUUGUAGAUGAAGAUCAAAGGAAUACAAGUAUGGGAAAUUUCGAAAGACAUUGGGGUUUGUUUACUUUUGAUGGGCAAGCAAAGUACGAGGUUGAGUUUUUUCGAGGUGUGAAAGGGCUUGUGAAUGCACAAAGUGUUGACUAUCUUGCCCCUAGGUGGUGUGUUGUAAAUAACAACUUGGAUAUGAUGAAUGCGAGUGCACGUGCCACGGAGGCGUGUAUGAAUGCUGACUGUACCGCACUUUCGCCAGGUAGCUCUUGUUUUAAUCUGAGCUGGCCUGGUAAUGUGUCGUAUGCGUUUAACAGCUACUACCAGGAACAUGAUCAAAGGGCUGAGAGUUGUGAUUUUGGGGGGCUUGGGAUGAUCACAACCGUUGAUCCAUCCGUUGGUGAUUGUAGAUUUAAUGUUGAGCUGAAAGCUUCGUUAUCAGUUAUGUUUCAUGGGUUGAACUUUUGGCAUUAUUUGAUCUCAUUUGUUUUAACGAUUUUGAUGUUGUUAUAAUGGUAGAAUUAUUUGUUGUAGUAGAUUAGGGUUAUUUGGGAGCAACAAUAUUUGCUUCUUUGAGGAGACUUAUUAGGGUAAUUGGUAGUUAAUGUUGUUUUGCUGCUUCUUCUUCAUGUGUUUAUUCUAGAGUC